AUGAAUAUUCUUCCACUUAAGAGGCAACUUCAGUCUAGAAUAUCAUUUAAGCAGAUGUUCAUUCCACUUGAGCUCAUCACAGAAAUCCUCUCUCUACUUAAUGUGAAAGACAUCCAGCGAUUUAGGUGUGUAAGCAAAUCUUGGAAUACUUUCAUCUUUGAUUCAACUUUUACCAAAAGGCACCUUGAGGUACCGUCUCGAAAUCCACACCUCGUAUUAUCAAUUCCUGAAUGCCCUUUAACUUGUGUGGUAUCGGUACCCGUUCAACGAUUACUUGAGACCCAAUCGAUAACUGUUGUCGGUGACAUUUAUCUAAGUCUUAAAUGGGGUAUUUCUGAAGUUGUCGGUUCCUGCAACGGAUUGAUCUGUGUGCUUUUCAAAUCUAUCACAAAUGUAGAAACCAAGUACAAGUUUUGUUUGUGGAACCCGGCAACAAGGACAAUAUCGGAAAAAUUAGGAAUUUUUUGCGAGAAUGAGCCUUUAAUUAGCCCUUUCAAGUUUAGUUUUGGUUGUGAUUAUUCAACAGGAACUUAUAAGAUAGUAGUGCUUCAUACCGAAAGAAAUGAAGGUGCUGAGAGCGACGACGAUAUAUGGAUAAGCAAGGUGAGAGCUUUCAAUUUAGGAGAUAGUUGUUGGAGAUAUAUUCAAAGUUUUCCUUUGAUUCCUCUUGUUUGGAAUGAUGGUGUGCAUUUGAGUGGAACUAUUAAUUGGUUAUCUAUUCACGGUGCUUACAUAUCCAUGUCUGAUGGAGAAAGAUUUAGAGCUUUCAUUCCGGAUGUUAAACAGUUGGUGAUUGUUUCUCUUGAUCUUUCAUCCGAGACAUACACACAGUUUUUGCUUCCUAAGGGUUUUAAUGAAGUGUCGUGCCUUGAGCCAUCUCUUCGGGUUAUGAUGGAUUGUCUUUGUUUUUCACAUGAUUUUAAUAAAACUGAAUUAGUUGUAUGGCAAAUGAAGGAGUUUGGAGUCCACGAGUCUUGGUCUCAGUUAUUCAGAAUUGAAUAUUUUAAUCUUCAAAUAAAUAAUCCUCCCAUUGAAGAUGAUUUCUUUUACGUUGAAUACAUGAAAUGUGAGAUUCCAUUGUUGCCAUUGUUUGUUUCUAAGGAUGGAGAUACAUUGAUAUUGGCAUAUGACGAAAUUGACGCAGUAAUUACUUAUGAUCAAAGGAAAAAGACAGUAAAGAGAACUAGAAUUUCAAAUGAAUUAAUAGACUGGUUCACGGCCGUUGAUUAUGUUGAAAGCUUGGUUUCAACUGAUUGGAAAUCUGGAGAUGAAGGUAGAGAUGAAGAUGAAGAUGAUGAUGAAUAUGAAGAUCAACUUAGUGACAUUGAUAUUGGGUUUGGUGGAUGGACUGGUUUGUAUUAG